CACACCGACUCUCACGCACGCGCAUCACGCAGAGGAUUCAUAAACAGCCCGGAUAUUUUACCGUCACCAGUGAGGAGGCGGGGAGCAGCAGCUGGAGCAGGAGAAGGUCCGCAGAGGAGCCGGGCAUGUCCAAACAUAUCUGGGCAGACCGGCCAGCCAACUGUCACUGAAGAAGCUAUAGGUUAUUAUCCUUACAGUCAGGCGGCCUGAAAAGUCGGUGUUUAAACUCAGGUUAAUGGAUAUAUCUGCUGUAGAUUGCACAGUGUAAGUCUGAGUUCAGGUCAUGUCCUUACCGGUCAAAGUGAUUAGAGACGGGCUGUUGGAGAAGCGCAGCAGCGGGCUUCUCCAGCUGUGGAAGAAGAAGCGCUGCGUCCUCACGGAGGAAGGACUCCGUCUGCACAGCUGCAAAGGCGGCGGUAAUAAUGCGCAGGGGUCGGUGUGGAAAUCCGGGGCCAAGGAGUUGCUCUUCGAGCGCAUGGAGACAGUGGAGUGUGUGGAGUACAAGAGAGGAAUGGUGUACUUCACCGUGGUGAUGGCGAAAGGAAAGGAAAUAGACUUUCGGUGCGCGCAGGAGGGCACCCUGUGGAACGCCGAGAUCGCCUUGGCUCUGGUCCGGUACAAGAACCAGCAGGCCCUCUUAACCGGGAGGAACCGGUACCUUUACGCAGCGCAUUAGGCAGCAGCGGGGAGGAUGAGGCGCUCUGACUGGAAGCGUCCCUACCUCCUGAGUUCGGAACUUGUCAAGGGUGAAGAAAGACCUCCACAUCUAUUGUCUUAUCUCUCUGCUACACAGUAUCGUGGGAUACCCAACAGUGACUAUGGAUCAUAGGACCAAAAGCACUCUGAUGAUUUAACGCGGAAUGAGUGUUUGUCUGUCAUGACUUAAAGAUGCCUAGUCACGUACUAUGUCUAUACCAAUAACCAUAUGUUCAUAUUUAAAUAAAGUAAUCAACCUGAUAGUGAUUGCUUAGUGUCUUUUGAGCCUGAAGAGAAUUAUUCCACCAGGCGAGACACCAGCUAUCAUAUUUUGUUUUGAUUGCUACUUGUGUAAUAUCCCUUUUGAUAUGAUUUUUUUUUUUGCCUCCAUUACUCCAUUACUCCAUUACUUCCUUGUUUACCCAUUCAUGCUAAACGUUGUACCUCCGGUCAUGUGCUGUUGUUAUAGUAAAUACAUGAAACGCUCUCAUCCGUUAACAAAUGGCAAAAAUAAAGUGUAAAAUACAGAAAUAAAAUAUAUUAAGCCAACAGAGCACCACGGUUUAGAAA